CUUUCUUUUCUGUGUGUUGUUCUAUGUUAAAAUUUUUUGCAAUGCAAAUUUUAUUAAAAUAAAUCAUUUAUAAAAUGUGAAAUUAUUAAAAAAGUAUAAUCUAGUUGACAUACAUUAAGUGCAUUAUAAAAUUUCCAAUAUAUUAUUAACUAAAAGUGAAAUAAAUCAUUGUUUAUAUUGAAUUUUGUGGGCUGCGGAAGUUCAACUGCUACAAAAACGUAAUACGUACAUACAUACAAUACAUAAAGACGUUGUGUUUUUAUUAAAGCUGAAUUUAAGAAACUACUGAAAAAUAAAAGGUAAGUGAGUGAGGUAGAGUGUGUACAAGAAAAUAAUUAAUUGUCAAAAGCCAUUCGAUUUAUAGAAUCAAUUUCUUUUGCUUGCAAAAUUUCGAAAUAAUCACUUAAAAUUUGCAUCACGUCAUCAUUAUCAUCGUACACAAAAAUAAAAAAUAAAGUAAAUACAAAAAGCAACAAAACAUCGAACAAAACAAAUAAUAAGGCAACAAACAAACAACAACACAGUCAAUUAUAUUACGUCCCCCCAUUUACAAUGAAACGUCGCCUAAAACUUGUGAUGAUGAUAAACUAAAAUAAGCACAACCAACAUACAUAAAUAUAAAUGUAUAGUUAACACACAUACGAUUACGAGAGUACGAGUCCGAAUACGAUUAUGCAGUACAUCAUAUAGAGACAGACCAUAGAGAAGAGAAUCAAAAUAUACAAUAAUAAUAAUAAUAAUUCCAUGUACAAUUUUCAUCAUAUAUUUACAUACAGUGUUGUUGUACAUUUAUGUUAUUAUAUCUAUUUGUGAAUAUAACACACAUUUCAUUGCUGUUGUAUAGCGUAAAAAAUAAUAACAACAAAUUUAGUGGACGAUAAGAAGAAAACAAAAAAACUAUAGAAGAUAUUUAUUUGCAAAGCAAAUCAAAACAAACAUAAAUUUGUAAUAAAAACUCAACAUUAAAAAGUGUGAAAUAUGAGUUGGUUACGUUCAAGUCCUUUAAGGCAAAGUUUAACACGUACUCAGAGUAAUAGCUCCGGCACGGGAAGUUCAUUUUUCGCAACAUCCAGUAGUUCCGGUUCAACACAACAUCCCGUUUUAAGACAACGUCCUAUAGAUACAGCUACCGAUUGUGAUCCGCGUGCCUGUUAUGAUAGUUUUUGUAAACAUUGGCAACAAGCCUACGAAAUUAUCCAAAGAGCCGAUGGCCCAAAUCGAACACCCACACAUGAUGACGUUUUGGCGGUUGUUUCGCAUUUGGAUUUUAUGGUUACACUUUUGUUAGUGGAACUACAUCAUUGUAAUAAAGUUGCCUUACCAGAUUCGUCGAAUGCACCGCCUGCACCUUGUUUGGAAUAUAUGUUAAGUGAAAAUCUGUUAGAUAAAUUGUAUGAAUGGGGCUGUAUGACAGGACGUUAUGCCAAUGCUGUGCGUUUGGAACAAUUGAAACUGUAUGAACUAUUGGUUAGUCAUUCGAGGCAUCAGCUUCUGUGUCAUGAACCAUUUUUGAGGCCACUAUUAAAGAUAUUGGCUUCGAGUCAAGGCGAAAUAUUUCCACCUGAUCUCGAAAAACGGUUGGUCAUACUGUUAAAUCAACUUUGUGUCGUUCUAAUGCAAAAUGUUCAUCUUUUGGAUUUGUUUUUCUUUUCGUCAGCACAAGAGACCCAAAGUCCUAGCAAUUUUAUUAUAUUUUCCUUACUCAUACCGUAUGUUCAUCGUGAAGGAAGUUUGGGUCAUCAAGCCAGAGAUGCCCUGCUACUUUGUAUGGCAUUAUCUCAAAAAAAUUCCAAUAUCGGUACAUAUAUAGCACAAUAUUCGUCCAUGUGCCCUUUAUUGGUUACUGGCCUCGGUGGUCUUUAUUCACGACUGCCCAAUUCAAUUGAAAUCAAUUCAAUUGAUUGGCAUCGCAUUACACCGGAUGAUGUUACCGAAAUACCCGAAUUGACGCUGUUUAUGAAUGCAUUGGAAUUUUGUAAUGCUGUGGUGCAGGUGGCCCAUGAAAUGAUUAAAAAUCAAUUGCUUGAUUUUAUGUAUCAAGGAUUUAUUGUACCCGUUUUGGGUCCGGCAUUAUUACAGACAUUGAAAGGCAAACAUUUCCAGACAAAUGUGGAUUCUCAAAUUUCGGCCAUGUCGUACUUGGAUUUAAUAUUGCGCUCGGUGACGGAACCAGAACUCAUGAAAUUAUUUGUGAAAUUUCUAUUGGAUGUGGAAAAGUUUGAUGGUGAACGUAUAUUGGAUACAUUGGUCGAUCGUUUAAGUUCUACAGAUCCAAAUUUAUGCAUGGUUACGAUGGCAUUAUUCGAUACCCUAUUGGGUUUGCAUUGUGAGGAUUUAAUGUUGGAAUUAUUGUUAAAAUAUUUACUGCCGGGUAAACAUGUACCCAUAUCUUAUCGUCACAAAAUCAACAAAAUUGAUCCUUAUACAAAUGCGGCCGAAUUCUUUUUGGAUCUAACGCCUGAAGUAAUGAAAAGAGCUAGAGAGUUGACGAAACAUAAACAUUUGGGUGACACAGCGCAUCAUACACAUCCCACCAUGCCGUCGCCCACAUCAACGUUGAGCAAGACUAUAGGAGCCAAUUGGAAUUAUUAUGGUUUACAUACUGGCGAUAGUUUGUACGCCAAUUAUCAUGCAUACCUAUUUGAAGCCCAUUUUCGUAUAGUUCAAUGUUUGGCGGCUUGUUCAACAUGGUCUCACGAUUAUAAAUAUCAAAAAUGGCCUCGAAAAUCGGCCAAGGGAAAUAAUCAAACAUUGGAAAUGGUUAAACAAUUUUUCAAUGAAUUCACUAGCAGUCCUUUGUUGGAACAAUCAAAUUUAAUAUCCUCAAGCACAACAUUCUAUGAUGAUAAAAAGCAGCUGGACAGUUUACAAUCUAUAGGUGAGUCUAGUGGCUAUGAGUCAUUUAAAUGGAGACCUGCAGACGAAGAAAUAGCAGCCGAUGAGUUACCACACUCUACCAAUGUAUCUGUUAGUAUGGGGGAUAUUGAUCUAGAUUCCAGCUGCUGUAACAACAAACAAAACUCCAUGUCACUGAAGAAGGAGACAUGGAGAAUGUCGAAAAAUCGCAAUGAAUUACAUUUAACGGAUUUGGACUUUUCUGAAGAUUUAUUUGCCCAGGGGACCGUAUCAUUGGGUCCCUUUUUAAAUGCGGUUUGUAGCAAAUUGCAAACAUUUACCAGUAAUACUCUCUAUGUAAAUUUACAUCUUACGGGCCUUAUAACACGUUUGGCCUGGUACCCUUUGCCUUUAAUACACUCCAUAUUGCUGCGUCCCGAUAUUGUAGUUACCUCGGACACUCCCUCAUUUCAUCAAGUUUUACGUAUUCUCAAGCAACAAAUCGAUGCUGAACUACCAGUGGUUGAAGAUUCUCUAGAAAUAAUUGAUGUGGCCCGAUCAUAUCUUAUAGAUCGUGAAUUUCGUUUGAUUAAUUCCCGAAAAGCUUCAGAAAAUUCUCCCUUACAUGUAGCCAAAGUUAUGACGUCGCAACAUUCUACAUAUGCUGCCAUAUCGGCCUCCUCACCAGUACAAGUGACACCUUCGUCCUCGUAUGAUCCCUUCAAGCGUAAUGAUACGAAAAGAAUGAGUAUUAGCAAAUCUAUAACUAGUAUGUUUAGCCGCAAGUCCAAUGCUACAUCUGGCUUAUCACAAAUUUAUGCAUUCUUCACCGGUUCUACAUCACCAUUUGCUGUUGGAUCGAAUGCAGCGCAGGCGUCGUCUUCUUUAUAUAAUCAAAAUCAACCAACAAAUACAGUAAAUAGUUCUAUAACAAGAGAGACUAGUUUAACAAAUCUACCGCCUUCAGGAUCAAAAUCCUCAGCGUCAUCUUCCUCGGCAUCGGCAACAAAUGAACGCACAAACGAACGUAGUGACAGUGUAAGCAGUACGACUACAUUACAAUCGAACAACUCAUCAAGUGCAGCUACAUCUUAUCAUAAUUUUCCACAACACAGCCUAUCAUCGGCUACGUUACCCUCUCUGGGCGAUAGAGCCAGUUCAACGUCGACUUUAACAGCUUCAACUACAUUAGGAAAUGCUUACGUAAUCGGUAGUGGAAAUGGCUCCGAACCAGCUUCGUUAGAUUCGAUAUCAUCGACAAUGGGAGCGAUUACAAGCGGUGGCACCGAACGCACCAGAGAUCUGGCAUUGUGUGCUGUAUUAUUAGAUGAAUGGUUAAAAGAAUUAGCCGCUAUAGCUCAAGAGCAAAGUGUUGUUAUGAUUGAUAAGGACUACUGACGUUAUCAAGAUGUCGCCGUUGAUCAUUUUAAAUACCAUAUGCCAAUUAAUUGUACAUGUUUUUGAUAUCGUUUUAAGAGAAAAGUUUAAAUAUAUAUCUUUUUAAAGAUAUAAAUAACAAUUAAUCGUUAAGGUUUGUUUAUCAAUUUGUAUAUUUUUUUUGCAAAGCGAAAUUGUAUUAAUAAUACUUCAAAAGAGCAAUAUAUUUAUUUACAUAUGUUUGUACGUAAUAUUGGCAACAAUUUUUUAAGUAAUUAUCCAUAUACUUUUUACAUGCAUAUGUCCACCAUAUGUAUGUACUAUAAUUUAAUAUCAUGAUUUUGAUUUGUACACGUGUUAUUUAUAAAGUUAUGUAUAUUUUUUUAACAAUAAUGUACAACAAUUUAUUAGACUUUAUUAAGCGUAUUUUUUUUUUUGUGAAUUAUUUUAUACAAAAAAACUUUUUGCAUGAUUUCCAAUUAAAAUUAAGAAAACGUCAUGUUAUUCCAAACACAAA